UGUCACGAUCCAAGAUGGCGUCAGGAAACAGUGAAAAUCGCGGUAAAAAACGACAAAUAAAACAGGCCGAAUCCGACGAGGAUUCUUCCUCUGACGAGUGCAGCAGUGAAGAAAGUGCAUCUGAUGAAAAUUUCGACGAAGAUAUGGAAAUCCCUGUAGAAUUUGAAGCCUUUCCUCCUGCGGAGUGCGACUUUAGAGCUAUGAGAAAUCUUUUAAAACAGUUAUUUUUGAAGGAUUCCAUUGAUCUAUCUGAACUUGCAAACCUUAUAAUUUCUCAAGAGAAAAUUGGCAGCAUAAUUAAGGUAGUGGAAGAGGAUGAGACAGAGGAAGAAAAAGAAAAGAAAGAAGAUGGUCCCAGCACAAGUAAAGGAGAAGAAGAAGAAUAUGAAGAAGAAAUACUAGGUUUAAUAACCAUCUUGGAUUUGGUGCAAUACCAGGAAAAGAAGUGCAUUCAACAAAUAAAGCAGCUUUUACUCCACAAAUGCAAGUCUUCUGCUGAUCCUGAAACACAAACAAAAUUCAAAGACAUACUUGAUAGUAACAAGAGAGUAGGAUUGUUAUUUAGUGAAAGGUUUAUUAAUAUCCCACCACAGAUUGCCCUCCCUCUAUACCAAGCACUAAGGGCAGAAUUGGAAGAACAACAUAAAAAGGAUAAAGGUGGCACUCUCAAGUACUUACUAGUGUUGUCCAAGUCAUACAAAGAAAAACAGACAGGUCAAUCCAAGAAAUCCAAAGGCAAGAAAGCAGCAAAGUUACAAGAAAAAAAGAAUCAAGACUUAAACUUUAGUAAUGUAGAAGAUGAAAUACUCAACAAGGAGUCCACCAUCAAGUUUAGUUACCCUGUCAAGGUAGAUGAGGAAGAGAUUUUACUUGGUGGUAAUUGGAGUUUUGAUGAUACAUUAUUGGAACCUUACAGAACUGUUAUGAUAAUACCCUAUGAUAGAAUGAGCACUAUUAUUGAACAAAUGGAACAGCUUCUAGCAUCUUAAUCAUCUGUUGUCUAAUCAACUAAAUAUAUACACUGUGUAAAAGAGAUUAGAACAUUACUGAUCAUUCAGAUGAACGCUGAUGAAGGAAUGACAUGUCUGUUUCCUACUUAUUUAUUUGUCAUAUUCGACAUGCCAACACAAUUUGAACUAGUAACUGCUAGGCAUUAUCUGUUAUCUUAUCAAUCCUUUUUCUUUUUAAAUUCAUUUCAGUACAAUAUUUUUAUAUUUUAUUCAUUGUUCAGUGCAAUGAGAUUUUACAAAACAUUUUUGAGUUCUAAAGCUUUACUACUGUUUUCAUCAUUACCUGCUGAUUGAGGCAACAGUUGUGCAAGGAAAAACGGACAAUACACUGCCAUCAAUCAAAGUAUAAAGAUUGAUUACCCUAUUGUGACUGUUAACUAAUCAGCGAGUGGCAAUCUAAUAAUUGAACACAACGACAUACUCUAACACACACCAUUUACCAGCCUACUCUCACAGACCUUCUCAUCAUGGAACACUCUAACACACAACAUAUACCAACCUACUCACACCACCCAUCUCAUAAUAGAACACUCUAACACACACACCAUAUACCAACCUACUCACACCACCCAUCUCAUAAUGGAACACUCUAACACACACAACAUAUUCCAACCUACUCACACCACCCAUCUCAUAAUGGAACACUCUAACACACACAACAUAUACCAGCCUACUUACACCAUUCAUCUCAUAAUGGAACACUCUAACACACACAACAUAUACCAGCCUACUUACACCACC